AUGCUUCAAUCCUUUAAUUCAACAAAUCCUUCAAUGGAACUCUCUUCCUCGCUUACACCCUUCUCAAAAAAACUCUCCGAAAUCUCCUUCUCUUCAUCUCUCUCCCCCUUCCCGCUCCAACUUCACCAAAACCCGUCAAAACCAAAAUAUCUCCGCAUUUUCGCUGUAGCUAUAGACCCACCGCAAGAACUUCCCAGAAAUAGCCCACAAAGACUCCUAAAAGAACUAGCCCAACGUAAAAAAGCAACAGCUCCAAGGAAAAAAGUGCCCCCAAAAAGGUUCAUUCUGAAACCUCCCCUUGAUGACAAAAAAUUGACAGAAAGAUUCCUAAACAGCCCACAAUUAUCCUUAAAACAAUUCCCUUUGUUAAGUUCUUGUUUGCCUUCUUCAAAGCUUAACAAUGCUGACAAGACUUGGAUAGACGAGUAUUUGCUUGAAGCUAAGCAGGCUUUGGGGUACCCUUUGGAGAAAUCUGAUGAAUUGGGAGAUGAUAAUCCGGCGAAACAGUUUGAUACUUUGUUGUAUAUGGCGUUUCAGCAUCCUUCUUGUGAUAGGACUAAUGCCAGGCACGUGAGAUCGGCGCAUUCUAGGCUUUGGUUUUUGGGCCAGUAUGUACUGGAGUUGGCUCUGGCGGAGGUUUUCUUGCAGAGGUAUCCGAGGGAGUCACCGGGGCCGAUGAGGGAAAGAGUGUUUGCUUUGAUUGGGAAGAGGAAUUUGCCUAAGUGGAUUAAAGCUGCUAGUUUGCAGAAUUUGAUUUUCCCUUAUGAUAAUAUGGAUAAGUUGAUUAGGAAAGACCGGGAACCACCUGUGAAGUCUGUUUUUUGGGCUUUGUUUGGGGCAAUAUACUUAUGUUUUGGUAUGCCAGAAGUGUACCGUGUUCUUUUCGAAGUAUUUGGAAUGGAUCCAGAAGCUGAGGACUGCCAGCCACGGUUAAGGAGACAACUUGAAGAUGUAGAUUAUGUUUCUGUUGAAUUUGAAGGGAAUAAGCUCAGUUGGCAAGAUGUUGCUACUUAUAAGCCCCCUGAAGAUGCUCUCUUUGCACAUCCAAGGCUAUUCAGGGCUUGUGUUCCACCAGGAAUGCAUCGAUUUCGAGGAAAUAUCUGGGAUUAUGACAGCAAACCGCAAGUUAUGCAGACACUUGGAUAUCCUUUGGCAGUUACUGAUAGAAUUCCUGAAAUUACUGAAGCCAGAAACAUUGAACUUGGACUUGGGCUACAGCUUUGUUUUUUGCAUCCAUCAAAAUACAAGUUUGAACAUCCUCGGUUUUGCUUUGAACGGUUGGAAUACGUUGGCCAAAAGAUCCAGGAUCUUGUUAUGGCUGAGAGGUUGCUGAUGAAGCACCUAGAUGCCCCUGGAAGAUGGCUGCAAGAGAGGCAUCGCCGUGUUCUUAUGAACAAGUUCUGCGGGAGGUAUUUGAGGGAAAAAUACCUCCAUCGCUUUAUCAUCUACUCAGAGCAGGUUCAAGAUGCAUUUGAGCACAAUCGAAGACUAAGAAACCCUGCCACAACUGCUGUUCAACAAGCUCUCCAUGGGCUUUCAUACACUGUCUAUGGGAAGCCAGAUGUGAGGCGCCUUAUGUUUGAGGUUUUUGACUUCGAGCAAAUUCAACCUAAAUCUGUGUAAAUAUCUGGGGAGUGAAAGCAUGAAUCAUUUUUUUGUUAGCCUUCAAUUUUACACUGGAAUGAACGCAAGCUACAAAGUCUAGUAAUUCCAAUGCAUUUUUCUUUUCUUUUCA